AAAACAAAUUUCGAUUAAAGAUAUCGAUAACGAAAUAUCGGAAUGAAUAUGAGAAUCAUUUUUUGACAAUUUUAAUGCAUUCUAUCGAUAUUUGUUGAACCGUAUAAAAUUUUGCAAUUAAUAAAUUAAAGUACCUUAUAUUAAAAUGUCGUUAAACUACGAAGAAAUGAGUUGGUCAGAUGUGCGCGAGCAGUUUAGAAAAUGGCGCGAGGAGAGUGGUCGCCACAGCGAGGAAGUCGUUCAGUUAUGGGUGGCGGUGCUCGAGGACAAAGUCCACAAAACGGGCAACGAGCGGCAUUUAAUAUUGGAGCAAGUCAUCGUUGCCGCAUUGGACACCGCUCGCUUCGACAUUGCCACAAAGUGCACGAAGCAACUGAGCGCCGAGUUUCCCGGCAGUCUGCGCGUGAUGAAGUUCAAAGCGAUGCGCCUCGAGGCACUUGAACAAUAUGAUGCCGCCAACGAGGUACUGGAUGCCAUCAUCGAGAAGGACGAGACAAAUGCGGCGCCACGCAAAAGGAAAAUUGCCAUAAUGAAGGCGCGCGGACUGCGCCUGGAUGCCAUCAAGGAGCUCAAUGCCUAUCUGAAAAAAUUCAUGUCGGAUCAGGAGGCAUGGCAGGAGCUAUGCAACCUGUACUUGAGCGAGGGUGAGUACGGCAAGGCUGCCUUCUGUAUGGAGGAAGUCCUGCUCCACAAUCCACACAGCCAUCUAAUCCAUCAGCGCCUUGCCGACAUUCGUUACACUUUGGGUGGCGUUGAGAAUAUUGAAAUAGCUCGCACUUAUUACUCCCAAGCGAUUAAGCUGAAUCCGCACAAUUUGCGGGCACUUUACGGUUUGUUUUUGUGCUGCAGCUUUUUAGCCAAUUGUAAAGCGGUCAGCUUCAAGCGAAAGGAUUCUCAGAAACUAGCACAAUGGGCACUGGAGCAGGCUUCGAUUCACACGGCAAGGCGUUCAACGAUUAAAAACAAUGACAAGUGGAUCGCAUCCUUGGAUUCGGCCUUUGGCAGCCUCGAGAUCAAGUCAAAUUGACCCGUGGCUGUUGCUGUUGAUAAGGUUAUCAUUGGUGCAAUGCCCGUCAAAGCGUAGUAAACUAUUCCAAACAUGCUUCAACUAUUGGACUAUUCUUUUUAAUGCCCUAACACUAACAUCAUAUACAUCUAAAAUACAUAUUUAUGUAUUAUUUCAAUAAAUAGAGUGAAUCAAACUCUUCAGUUCGAUAAAAAAAAAAAAAACAAAUUCUGGCAAAACAUUAUUCAGCAAGACUAAAAUUGGAAAAUGAUUACCCAUAAUGUACUCUUAACCAUCCUACAGUUAAUAAAUAAUUGAAAUAAGUCAACAUUUAUGUAUUCGGAUGUCGCAAGCAUUAGUAAAUAAACUUUAGAGACUAAAAUUGGAAAAUGCCUGCCCAUAAUAAUAUAAUAAUUAAUUGAAGAAAUUCCACAUGGACAUAUUUUAUGUCCCAGGCAUUAAUAAUUAAACUUUAGUUUGCAUUAUUCUCGAAGACUACAAAUUAAAAAUGCCAACCCAAUAUCAAGUUGAAAGUUCAAUUUAAAAAAUGAGAUCAGUAUCGAUUCUAGUUUAGUUAUCCAUUGUCAUAAUUUUUGAUUCUUUAAUAUGUGGUUUAAAUAAACAUACUCACCUGGUCCAUAAAUUAGGUGGGAAGACGAUAA